UAUCCUCAUCCUCCAUCGAUCGAUCCCCGGCCCAUGAUCUGGAGAUCGAAGCGGAUGUGCAAAUCCCGAGGCGACGCCCUCGCCACGGAGCCCAAACCCAGACCGUCCGAUCAUAUCUCGAGAUCCAGAUCUCAACCCUCCACUACCCUCAACUCCUCCUCCUCCUCCUCCGCCACCGCCGCCGCCGCCGCCGCCACAACCAGCAGCUCGAGCUCCAGCUCCAGAGCCACCGCAUCUUCGUCAUCGUCGUCGAGCCGCACCUCCCUCGCCAGCGUCCGUGCUUCGCUCCCCGAAACCCCAAUCAUCUACCACUUCCGCGAGAUCUCCACCGCCACUAACGGCUUCCUUUCUCCCCGCCUCUCAUCGUCCUCCUCCUCAUGGCGCUGCUCCUUGCGCGGCCGCGAUGUCGUCGUUGUCCAGCGCCGCUUCCUCUCCGGCGACCCCUCCACCCUUCCCACCCGUCUCUCCGCCCUCUCCCGCGCUCACCACUCCGCCAUAAUCCCUCUCCUUGGCGCCUCCUUCGUCUCCCCUCAUCUCUAUCUCGUCUAUGAAUACGCUCCUGGAGCUUCUCUUUCUCUUCUUCUACGAAACCCUAGAAACCCUAGUUUCACCCCGCUUUCAUCCUGGUCUUCUCGCGUCCAGAUCGCCGCCGACGUCGCCCAGGGGCUUGACUACAUCCACCAGCACUCCCCAGCUUCCCUCAAUGGCGCUGCUCCCAUCCACAACCGCAUCAAGAGCUCCAGCAUCAUCGUCUCCGACUCAGAUCUCCGCGCCCGCAUCUGCCACUUCGGCGCCGCGGCUUUAUCCGGCGAGAUCCCUAAUGAUUCCACGGCCCCCAACACGUCCUUGAUCCAGGGCACAAGAGGUUAUAUGGCGCCGGAGGUGAUCGCCGGUGGUUCGAUCUCCCCGAGUUCAGACAUCUUCGCCUUCGGUGUGGUCCUCCUCGAACUACUCUCCGGCAAGGAAGCACUAAAAUACAAUUUUCCGACUGAGAAGAUGGUUGUGGAGAGAACCUCAGUGAUCGAGACGGCGAGGGAGACGAUCGGGGCCGGUGACGAGGAUGCGGACGACGAGGAGAGAUCGGGGAGGGUGAGGAGGUGGAUGGAUAUGCGGCUCCGAGAUUCGUUCCCAGUGGCGUCGGCGGAGAAGCUCAUAAGGGUAGCACUCCGGUGUGUGGCGGAGGAGGCGACGGCGCGGCCGGGGAUGGAGUGGGUCGCCGGCAAGAUCUCGAAGGUCUUGCUGGAGUCCAAAGAGUGGGAGAAAAGGAUCCAGAUGCCCACCGACAUCUCCGUCUCUCUCGCUCCACGAUGACGACGACGACGACCCUUUUUUUUUUUUAAAGAAAUUUUUUUAAAAAAAAA